GACGGACGGGCUUCACGGAGAGCUGUGGUCACACACACUCUUCCUUACACACUCCCACACACCUUGGAGAGGGAGAGUCUGCUUCCACUUACUGGCUGAGGUCCCAGAGUAGACUUGAGGGAAAGAGGAAGGGAGGGAAAAUUUGAGGCAUUACAGCAAACCUAGAGAGUAGUCCCUAGUGGUAGUAGGUAGUGCAGGUGAUUUGAAGAUUGGUUAGAAGUAGCCAAGACAAGUUGUCGCCUGCAAGUUGCGCUGUACUAGAGUCGUUGGGUGUCUACUGUCAUUCAAGUCUUUUUUUAGUGCUUUAUUUUUACCCUAGGACUGCGUUCUUGCACACCGGGCCACGGGUGUGCAUGCUUCUGCCUGCCUCUGUCUGCAAGUAAGCUUGUGUGUGUUUCAUCGGACUCUAGUUGAAACCGAGCCAUGGCCGACACAGACUUCAAACUGGAGCGUGCCGUCUUUGCCGAAGUCUCUGAUGACGACGAGGAGGUCGCCUUGAUGCCUGCUGCCACCAAACCUGCCACCGUCUCCAAGGGGUUCAAAUCAAAGCGAGGCGACGAGGAUGAUGACGACGACCCGGCGGAAGAGGUGGACCUGGUGUUAGGGCCGGGACUCGACGGAGGCGGCAGCGGUGAUGCCCAGAGAUCUGAAGCCCAGGCUACAGGCAUGAAGGUCCUGGCUCUCCUGGACAAGAUCAUAGGUGUGGUGGACCAGAUCCAGCAGGCCCAGACGGGUCUGGAGGCCAAGCAGGAGACCAUGGAGAAGAACAUGAGCAGCAUCCAGACGGACCUGGCCAAGCUGGCCAAGAGUCACGUUGGGACGGCUGGGACGGUCAACAAGCUUUUGGACAAGGUGCGGAAGGUGAAUGUCAACGUGAAGAGUGUGCGCACGGACCUGGAGAAGCAAGCAGGACAGAUCAAAAAACUGGAGAACAAUGAGCACGAGCUCCUCAAGAGGAAGAACUUCAAAGUGCUUAUCUUCCAGGACAAGGAGAAACCUGUGAAGGUCUCUAAGAAGCCAGUAGCUGCAGUAGAGGAAGGAGAGCAGGUGCUGAGUGAAGGAGGAGAGGAAGAACGUGGCUCUGAGGAGGAAGUUGAGGUCGAGGAGAUCAUAGAAGAAUCUCGUGCUGAGCGCAUCAAACGCAGCGGCCUCCAGAAGGUGGACAAGCUGAAGAUGGCCUUCAGCAAGGAGCAGAUGGAGAAGACCAGACAGAAAACCAAGGAGAACCUGGAGAAAACCCGACUCAGAACUAAAGAGAACCUGGAGAAGACACGCCAGAGAACCCGAGAGAACCUAGAGAAGACCAAGAAGACCCUGGGCAAGAAGAUGGGUAAGCUAGGAACAAAGAUGACGCCGAACACCGAACGCCGUGAGAAGAUCCGCAGCUCCAGAGAGAAGAUGAAGAAGUCACUGAAUCCUGACCACACCGUCUACGCCCGCUCCAAGUCAACCACCUACCGCGUAGCGCCCUUCACCUUCCACGUCAAGAAGGUCCGUGAUGGUGAGAUCGAACCCACACCAGAGCCGGAGGAGGAGGAGGAGGAGGAGGAGGAGGAGCAGACCGAGGAGGUGCAGGAGGCUCUUGCAGUGCAGGGAGGAGGCCUAGUGUCAAGGGUGGAGGAAGGUGAACUGGUUAGUCUUGACAGCCCGGAGAUGGAGGCCUUACUAGAGGCAGCUGAUCAAUCACGGCUGGUGUUCCAGGAGACGGUGAGGCCGAGGGAGAAGGCCGGCCAGUAAGUCCAACGUGCUGAGUCCUGGAAAAAGCUCAACACAGAAAAAUAAUACGGAGAUAGUCUGGAGAUGAAUAAGGCUAAAAGGAUGUAGGGAACUGAGAUGUGCUUAAGGACGGAUUAAAUGAGUCGACUGGACCUUUGGCUGAACAUUUAGUUUGUUUGUUUGAUUUUUUUUCUUAUUAUCUUCUCAACCCCAAGGUUGCUGUUUUUGUUUAGUUUUGUUCAGUUGUCAAUUGAGAACUUAACAAUAUGCAAAAAAAAGCAAAUAAUUUUAAAUGUACCAAGACUUAAUCUACUUUCAAUAUAUAUAUAUAUAUAUAUAUAUAUAUAUAUAUAUAUAUAUAUAUAUAUAUAUAUAUAUAUAUAUAUAUAUAUAUAUAUAUAUAUAAAAGAAUGUUAUAGUAUUUUCAGAAAAUGUGGAUGUGAGGAGGUUUGCACUCCACAAGAAUAUUUUCAUAAACACUUUCAAGGCAUUUAAUAUUAACUCUUUAAUUUGUAAUCAAGGCUACCCGGUUGCAGCCAGAUAUUGUCAAUAUAUAUUUAUUAAAGUGCUUGUAUUUAAUGAACACCUAUUGUUCUUUAUAACAUCAUGCGAUGCGAUGGCUGCAGUUUCAGCGGUAUAAAUUAAUAGCAGGCCUUAUGCGUCUUGUAGAAGAUCUGGGCUUUGUUUUAAUGCCGUGAAUGAACUGUUGGAAGCUGCUGAAAGUGAAAACUUAAGGUGCUAGAGAGUAUGUUGUCUGACUGACAGAAAUAUUGUUGUGAGGGAAAGUGAAUUGUGAAAUAUUCUAAUUGUUAAAAAAAAAAAAAAAAGGAAAGAAAGAACUGCAAAUAACUACUGCUGACUGAAUUUUGUUUCUUUUGAAAGUGAAGGUUUUAAUAAUGACGUGAUUAGUUGUUUUGUGUUCUAAUCACAGGUUUGAAUGUAAUCCAAGCUUCAUUCUCUGAAAUAAUUGCUUCAAUUGAUGUCUACAGAUGGCGUAACUGAUCUUUGAUCUGAAUAUGUAAACAAGAAGCUCUUAAAAAGAUCGAGCCGAUGAUCAGUCUCCGAAAAGGUUAUUUUUCAGAAUACAAUUUUAAUAACUCUGAGGUAAAUUAAUUUGACCUUUUUGUUUACCUUGUUUGUACAUAUAUGCUUUAACACGCUUAAAACUUAAAACGUAUUUUCAUAUGCACUCACAGGCAUAAUAUUAGGUGAACAGGGACCUGCUCAAUAGAAAAUGAGUGCUGACACACUAGUCAUUGUGUGGUCCAGCUCACUGAACAUAGUUCUAUCCUGUUUGAUUGUACUCAACUCAAUUACUGAUUUUUCGUUGUACUUUAAGUGCGUUCAUGUUAAACAGUUGGCCCAUAUUUUUGCAUUUAGCUUGGAUAGGCUCAUUUUUACAAAUAGCACACUCACUGAAAACACAUUUUGUAUUUUUGAUCUCCUAUUAUCACACAUGGGUAAUAGUUUUGUAGAUGUGAAGGUCUGAAUGAAGCUGCUUAUGGCUCUGCUUGUUGUGCUUGUGAGAUCUGUGUCUGUAUAAAUGGAUUUUAGCUGUAGGCUGCUUUUAAUAAACAAAUAAAAGUGUCCACCUUUGUGAUGUGA